AUGGAAUUCCGUUUCGGUAACAGGUUCCGUAUCGAGCGGCAAAUCGGCAGCGGCUCAUUCGGAGAUGUCUACAUAGGCACUGACACCACCUCUGGUGAGAGGAUCGCCAUCAAGCUGGAACCCGUGCAGGCGAAGCAUCCUCAACUAGAGUCCGAGGCCCGGGUGUACAGUUCUCUCCUCGGCGGCGUCGGUAUCCCAUCCGUAAGAUGGUGUGGCACAGAGAACGGAUACAAAGCCAUGGUGCUCGACCUGCUGGGCCCUUCGCUCGAAGAUCUCUUCAACUUCUGUCAUCGCAAGUUCUCCUUGAAGACUGUGCUCUUGCUUGCUGAUCAGGUUAUCUCUCGCCUUGAGUACAUACAUUCGAGGUCCUUUGUCCAUCGCGACAUGAAGCCUGACAAUUUGCUUAUGGGCCUAGGUAAGAGGGGACAUGUGUUGAACGUUAUCGACUUUGGAAUGGCGAAUAAAUAUGAGGACCCGGAAACACUUUCCCAUAUCCCCUUUCGCGACAAGAAACCUCUUACCGGGACCGCGCGGUACGUGUCUAUUAACACGCAUCUCGGAAUUGAACAGUCCCGUCGGGACGAUAUGGAGACGCUCGCAUAUAUAAUGCUUUACUUCCUUCGCGGUUCUGUGCCUUGGCAAGGCCUCAAGGAACCCACGAAGAAACGAAAGUACGAGUCUAUUAUGACAAAGAAGAUGACUACGUCGACUGAGAUGCUCUGUCGUGGCAUCCCGAAAGAGUUUGCCGUCUUCCUCGACUAUACUCGCUGUCUCCAAUUUUAUGACAAGCCUGACUACUCUUAUCUCCAGAAAAUUCUCCGCGACCUCUUCAGGCGGAAGGGUUUUCAGUACGAUGGGGUCUUCGACUGGACGGUCUACAACCAUCAGAGGAAUGCGAAAAUGAUUGCGCAGCCACGCUGUGCUCAGGUGGCUGCUAUAGGACGAGAAGAAAAACCAAAGUGUCGAUGUAUCCAGGUUGUGCGAGGUCAUUCUGGCUUAAGCGGUCCGGACGGCAAGGCGGGACGCUGCGUCACACCCAUGAUGGACCAGCAGCAUGUGAGUAUAGAAAGACACUAA